AUGUGUGAUAAGAAGGGUGUUUUGGGGGCUUCGAGGGUCCUGUCAACGCAGCGGAUGGAGAAGAAAUAUACGACGGAGCACUCCAAGUUGUGGGACCUUCGUUCCGAAGUGCGGGAACGUCGCCUCAAGUGGACUUCAGACGACCAACAACAACAACAAUUUUCUCUAUCAAGUGAUACAAUAAGGGAGGACUACUGUAAAAUAUAUUGUGGUGGAUCCUGUGCUAAUGAAAGCUGUUCAAUAACCGAUAAUGUUGUAGCCACAGAAGGUUAUAAAAUGAACCUGGUUUUCUCAGUUUUAGAAAUUAGCUGGAUAAAUCCAGAGUUUGACCAGUGGAAGAUUUAUAAUAUUUUUAACCAUGCUGAUUGCGAAAUAGUAAAAACUCGUGUGGUUGGAAUAAUAAGUGCUGAAGAUGAAAGACUUCGACCUAGGAAUUAUUACCUUCGACUACUCGGCCUAAAAGCAAUAGUCAGCUUUGAAAUUCAACUUCCUUCAUUAAUAAUUUUUGAGGAAACUACAAGCACUGUAAUUGGGCCAGAAAUGAUAAUUUUCAAAUAUUUAAUCAGUAGCCCAGUAAAUUCGUACGUUACAAAUAAUUACAUCCGAGAGACCAUGAACAACAAGAAGACAAUCAAAAUUUAUCAUCAAAAUUUAUUUGAAAAACCACUACUUACAUUAAAGGAAAAUGUUUUUGAAGGCAAAACGAAAUUAAGCACAUUAGUUUUCUCUAAUUUAAUGGUAAAUGGUCUCACAGAAAAAACUUUCGAUAACUUGGAAAAUAUUACUUUGCUUAUUUUCAACAAUGUUGUCUUAUCAUCAGACUUUACAUUUUUAAGGUCUUCUGCCCUUAGAAAAUCUCUGAAACACUGCAUAAUGUAUAUCGACAAAGUGGUGGACCUAAAAAACUUUGACAAUUUCCCCAAUCUUGAGUACAUCGAAGUUAACCAUUACAAACGAUUUCCAAAUCUUACCGCAUUUAUAUGUUCUUCAGGUGAAAAUGCAUGCCAAUUUACACUAGGUGUUAAUGGAAUUUCAUGUCCACCCCAAUGUAAUUGCCUAUUUCAUCGAAAUACUUUAAUAUUGGAAAUAAAUUGCUGGCAGCAAAAUCUAAAGACAGUUCCACCGAUUCCAGUUCCAAUCGCUGGAAUUUCGGUGCUAUUCUUUCAACAGAACCAACUUACUGAACUACCCAACCACUCAUUACUAGGCUAUAAAGACUUAAAAUGCCUUAAUGUCUCGCAAAAUCAAUUAUCCAGCCUCACCAUCAAUCGCCUCCCUGAAGCUCUUGAACAUUUGGACAUAAGUUAUAAUCAAAUUUUCACUCUGAGCCCAGAGGUUGUGGAAUAUCUCAAGGGUGUGAGCACUUUUAAUCAGUUUGGAAACAAAUGGUUUAUAUACUGCGAUGAAGUAUAUUUACAAGAAUUCUUUUGGCAAAAAGCAAAGACGUUACGGAUACAACCAUCAAAAUUUGAUGCAGUUUUUGAGUACUUGGACGUAACAGCAAAUGCAAUGUUCUUAAGUUACUCUUUUGUUUCCCGCUUAAAUGGAUUAUACAUGGAAGCAGAUGAAGAUGAAAUAUUAGCCUCCAAUGAAUAUUACUUUAUGUUAAAGAUAAUGGAGGAAUUUCACAUCGCAGUUUGGGUUUUUUAUGCCGAAUACGAUGAAGUGAUUGUUCACCAUCUCAACUCACGAUGUCCAUAUAGAUGCUCAUGUUGCGUCGAACGAGACUCGGGUCAAUUCAUUAUUAAUUGCGCAAACUCAAGUCUUGACUUUUAUCCGAAGCUACCAAAUUCGAUACCUUAUAAUACGACAUUAAUUCUUGAAGAUAAUGAAAUUCGAAAGCUAACUAUUGCCGAAUUCGUUGCUGUUUCGGGUCUCGCGUCGAUACAAAAAUUGCUCAUGAGGAAUAAUAUGUUAAUAGAAUUUCCAAAUUACUUGAUUCCAGAGAACAUAACAUUUCUAGACCUACGUAAUAAUGGGUUGAAGUCCCUUAGUGACAAUGCGGUUGCUUUUCUGAGAUAUCGUGAAGAAUUAACUGAGGUAAAGCUGUCUGGCAAUCCGUGGGAAUCUAACUGCAAGGCGAAGUCCUUCUUAUCCUUUCUCAGAGAGCAUGAGCCAACGGACUACGACAUUAUUUUUCGGCGAGUGAAUAUAACUCAGGAAGAAUGCCCUGAAUUCUGCAUAUGUUGCGUAGACACUUCCGAUUACGAUUUGCCGUCACUCACCAUCGACUGCAGUGGCAAAGGCCUCCGGGAAAUACCUCCAUUACCAACACCCACAAUUGGCAGAAUAACCCUUGUCUUUGAGAGAAAUAAACUCAAAAAAUGGCCAAACAACUCCUUACCAGGAUACACUGAUGUAGGACGACUUCAUUUGGCUCACAAUCAACUAUCUCUUAUUGACGAACUGCCAGAAAACAUUGAAUAUCUGGACAUUAGUUACAACAAGUUCACAGUUUUGAGCGAUCGAGUUAGAACAUCCCUGGAAAAGAAAAUGAAUUCUUCGCAUAUGAAGCUCUUUCUCUCAGGAAAUCCGUGGACUUGCAGCUGCGAGGAAAGGGACUUUCUGGAAUUUGUCAAGGAACAUGCGAAAAAUAUUGGAAAUACCACAACUGUUCAGUGCGGCGGUUCAGGAAAAUCUCUGAUUGAGAUCGAGGAGAUUGACAUUUGCCCUUCGGCCAUUGUCUAUUACGCUUCCCUUGGCGCCUCUUUAUUGAUUGUAGCUCUGUCAAUCAACGUAUUUAUCUGCUUCAAGCAGCCCAUAUUGAUCUGGUUCUACGAACACGAAGUAUGCCUUAGUCUGGCCACUCGGCGGGAACUCGACCAGGAUAAAAAGUACGAUGCAUUCCUCUCAUUUACUCAUAAGGACGAAGAAUUAAUUGGUGAAUUUGUGGAGCGACUGGAGAAGGGCAGGCACAAGUUUCGACUGUGUUUCUAUCUUAGAGAUUGGCUGGUGGGCGAGUCCAUUCCCGAGUGCAUAAGCCAAUCUGUCAAGGACUCGAAACGCAUCAUCAUCCUGAUGACAAAUAAUUUUAUGAAGUCCACCUGGGGACGUCUGGAAUUCAGGCUGGCUCUUCAUGCCACCUCCAAGGAUCGAUGCAAGCGUCUUAUCGUUGUCCUUUAUCCCGACGUGGAAAACUUUGACGAUCUGGACAGCGAGCUGAAGGCCUAUAUGGUAUUGAAUACUUAUCUGGAUAGAAACAAUCCGAACUUUUGGAACAAGCUGAUUUAUUCGAUGCCCCACGUUAUACUGCAGAGAAAUAUCACCGAUCUCGAAACUAAAGUAUGA